UUCACAUAAUUUUUAAACCACGCAAAAAUAUGCUGAGCAGCAAUACUAUAAAAUUGCUAUAAACUAAAAUUACUUAUAAAUAUUACUAUAAAAUUUUUAAUAAAUCACAACUGUCUUCUUCUUAACGUGUCUAGUUAUUGCUAUUAAUACUAAUAUUCAAUGUAAUUUGUGUUUAAAAGAAUGUGGCAAGUGGACGCUCGGAGACCAGCCCGAUGCUGCCUGGACAUCGACGUGAUCACGAUACAUCUCAUAAUAGCGCGAUCGACUUCAUAGGAGCCAUAAAGAUACCGGGUGUCAUCGAAUAUUCCUUGUCGCUGUUCUUCGCGAAGCUCGUUAGUUAUACAUUCCUCUACUGGUUACCAUUGUACAUCGCGGCUUCAACUACAUACGGCGCAACUAUGAGCGCGGAUCUGUCGACUCUGUUCGACGUGGGUGGUAUAGCAGGCGCUAUAGCAGCUGGAGUUAUUUCCGAUUAUAGCGGCAUGAGCGCGUUAACAUGCGCCGCGAUGUUUGGACUUGCAUUUCCCGCAUUAUUUAUAUACGACGCCAUUGGAAAUAUCAACCUAGGCGCCAAUAUAGUAUUACUAUUAAUAGGGGGACUAUUAGUAAACGGUCCCUACGCAUUGAUAACGACCGCCGUGUCGGCCGAACUGGGAACUCAUUCUAGCUUAGGAGAAAAUUCGAAGGCCUUAGCUACAGUGACUGCCAUUAUCGAUGGAACUGGUAGUAUCGGGGCCGCGAUUGGCCCGUUGUUGGCAGGUGUAGUGUCUCGAUGGGGUGGAUGGCACAAUGUGUUUUACAUGCUCAUGUGUGCGGAUUUAUUUGCUCUACUGCUUCUUUCCAGAUUAGUUUACAAAGAUAUAAGAUCGUAUAUACAAAGACGAAGGGUUAUUCACAUUUAGAAGAUUUUGCAUAGCAAAAUUCGCAAAUUGUUGCGUAUAGAUGCGGAAGUAUGUGAUUUUUUGUGUUCAGAUCUGCGUAUUUAUAAUUUCGCUCGUGUCUCCUUAAAAAGUGUGGCAUUUCCGAACGAAUUCACGAUCAAUGUACGAGGGAUUUGAAUGUAACGGAAAUAGUAUAUUUUGAAGAGUAUUUUUUAUCAUAACUGCUACACGCAUUUAAACUCAAAAUAAUUUUAAACGGAGAGAAAAUAAUAGCGUUGCUAUUUUAAAUAUUUUUCGAGAUCGAUACUUUUUAAUCGUGUAUGUAUACAACAUGUAAAAAAAUGUUAUUUUUUUAUUAUGCUAAAUAUCAGAUGUUACCAUGUGAACUUACAAUUAUAUCAUGACAUAAAUAUAUUACAAAGUUUAAUAUACAA